CAUCGUGCUUACGAAAUACCAAUGGAUCAAUUUGGCAUGGGUGAUUACUACAUCGGCGAGGAAGAUGAAGAAGUCUACGUGAGUCAUGAUGAUGAUGAUUUUAAAAAUUAUUACCACUGUCACCCUGUUUCUUCUAUUGAAAAGUCAAAUUUGGAACCGGGCAAUAAGAUUAUCAUGCCCCCUUCAGCACUUAAUAAACUUUUGUAUGCUGGAGUGGAAUACCCUAUGUUAUUUGAAAUGAGACAUCUUUCUAAUGGAAAAUUUUCUCACUGCGGGGUCCUAGAAUUCUCUGCUGAAGAGGGAAAAAUUUUUGUACCGAGUUGGAUGAUGAAAAAUAUGCACCUGGAAGAUGGAGAUCUUGUGCUUCUGAAAAGCACUACACUUGCAAAAGGAACAUACCUCAAACUGCAGCCUCACACAAAGGAUUUCAUGGAUCUCUCAAAUAUAAAAGCAACGCUGGAGAUUAAUCUGAGGAGCUUCUCAUGUGUAACAACUGGUGACACAAUAAUGAUUCCAUACAAUAACAAAGAGUACUACAUUGAUGUGAUUGAAACUAAGCCAUCUCAUGCUAUCAGCCUCAUUGAAACAGACUGUGAAGUUGAUUUCGCCCCACCUCUUGAUUAUAAAGAAGAAGUUAAGAAACAGUUGCCAUCUACUUCAUCUAAUACGAAACAAGAGCAAGAAGCUGAUGACACUGAUAUUCUAACAAAGAUUGGAGAGUUUGUACCAUUCUCUGGUUCUGCAAGGCGUUUAGAUGGUAAGCCAUCCACACCAUUAGAUAAACAAGCUUCUUCUUCCUCUUGUAUGGCAAAACAGCAAGGUGACAAUGAACACAAAAGUUCUGAUUCCAAGUCUUCCUCCAAUAAUGUUUCAUCUACAACUUCUGGGAAGCUUCUCUUUGGAUCAAGACCACACAAGGCCUCUCAGAAAUCCACUAAUCAAGAGUCACAUCACAAGGCAGAAACAACCCAGAAGCCACAAGAACCAAAAUUCCAAGCUUUCACAGGAAAAAAGUAUUCCCUAAGAAGUUGAUCCUUUUAUUAGGC